CACUCUAACGCCCACAAACCGGCAAAAACUGUCAGUUUCACUAGCUGAGUAACGGGUAUCAGAUAGUAGGGGAACUCGACUAUAGCGUUCUCUCUUGUUAAACUUGCACCACUAGUGCACGUGAAGUGUUCUUCUUUCUUUUAAGCCCGAAUAUAAGGGAGGUUAAACAAUUAAAUGUACUUACUGAAAUUUAUAUUAAUUACAACGCAUAUUAAUUUACAACGCAGUAAUAUGUUUAUAUAUUCUUGAUCGGUAUCAACAGUCUAGUCGAUUAAUCCAUGUCUGUAGUUCCGUUUCCACGAAAACAAAACUAUCAAUUUUAAAGAUGUAACAAUGUAACUUUCCCAAAAGUCUUUUUUAUAUUGCGUAUAUACAUAUAUAAGUACAUAUGUAAGUAUGAUCGAGUCGAAUCGAAACACUAUAUUAUACCGAUGCAAUGGAAUACCGGGGAAAUGAAUGCUAAGAAAUGAACCGACGGUGGUUUUGACCAUAAUAUGCCUUAGGUUUAAAUACAGCAGUUUUUCCGCAAUAAUAUACACAUAUGUAUACAUAGCUAUACCAGUUACUCGUAGACUAAAUAGGUGUACUAGAUGCGUUAAAAAGUAUGUAAAUAUUUUCCAAAGCACUUUUUCUCACGCCCACUCUAACGCCACGUAAAACUAACACGCCCAAAUUAAAAUUUUUUUUUUUAUUUCUAUUAUUUUUUUCCAAUUUCUGCAACAAAUUUAAAAAUGCUGGGCAUGUGUAACAAUUAGGAGUCAUACAAAUAUACUAAAUGAAUUAUAGAAUUAAUUGAUAUAUUGUGAAGCAAUGAAACAACAUAUCGUUUCUAAGUUCCAAAUUUGUACUGGUCGGGAUCGAACAUCAGAGACGCAAACCUCUGUUAAAUAAAGGAUCUGUCUUUCAUAUUGUCUGUUAAUCGCACUAACUUAAAUUUUAUAGGUUGUACGCCGUCGAUCCCGCCGUGCCCGCAUGUGGAACAUGGGCCUAUUGUUCUUAAUCUAUUACUGCGUCAGCAUAUAUUCCGCCAAGGGAGACACCAAAGACGGACAGUCUCUGCCUCUGGAUGUGGGCGCUUUGGCCGAGGAUGCUGGCGACGCCCAGGCCAACGGAGAGGAUACUCCAGAGAGAAACACAGAGGAAAAUUCCGUCCUGGACACAACCCUGUCGUUUGAGCCUCAGGCGACCACGCAAUCGACCCCCAUUCAUGGCGCAGUUCCCACUUGGCGCCCAAAACGUGACAACUGCACGCCCCCGGCUAUCGAGCAGUUCCCACAGCCGCUGAUGAACAAGUGGGCGCGGCAGCACGGCGGCCUAAUCAUUCACAUACUGGUAGCAGUCUUUACUUUCUUCGGGUUGGCAAUAGUUUGCGAUGAGUACUUUGUAGCCAGUCUGGAUCGGCUUUGCGAGGAGCUAAAGCUAUCGCCAGAUGUAGCGGGAGCCACGUUUAUGGCUGCCGGCAGCUCGGCACCUGAGCUGGCCACUGUGGUGAUAGGAGUGUUCUUUGCUAAGGACGACAUCGGCAUCAGCGGAGUCAUCGGAUCGGCCGUAUUUAACAUUAUGUUCGUGAUUUCCGUCUGCGCCCUGUGCUCGGGUACCGUCUGCCAAUUGAACUGGUGGCCCCUUGUGCGGGACUGCUUCUUUUACUGUGUUUCUAUUCUCGUAAUGUUAAUAAUUAUUUUCAACGACGUUAUAUCCUGCUUUGAGUCCGUCGUCAUGCUCCUCUGCUACGUAGGAUACUGCGUGGCCCUCCACUUUAAUACGGAGCUGGAACGCUGGGCACUGGGUCUAAAUUUACCCUUCAAGCUGCCCAGUAAGGAGGAACAGUCAGCUCUGGUAACCUACAAAAACGUGCCAGAAGGCUCGUACACCCAGGAAAGUGUCGCCCAGACCCAGGGACAGAAGGCCACAAAUGAUAGUGAGAGCAGAUGUGAGAAGCCGCAGAGCGACUACCAGAACUACAGCGAUCCGAAUCCGACCUGGGACCCAAACGCAGCCUGGGGAGAUGAGAACCAGCCGAAUCCAGUUGCAAAUCCGCCCAUUGACGACUGGGGCACGGGCCACAGCGGCCAGGAGAACAUGGGCUACCAUGCCGACCAGCCCGAGUCUGUGGUAACUGGCGAGGAGGCAGCGGCGGCUGCCAAGAGUGGGGGCCAGGGUGUGUCUACUCAGGCCACCUCGGCCGGAGGCAUCGACUACUACAAGUCCACGGAGAAGCAGCGGGAGCCGCGACGCGAUCCUUUAGUGCGGCCCACGGAAGGAGGGCUGCCAGUCCUGGUGUUCUGGUAUGUCGUCUACCCGAUCCACUUUCUCUGCAAGAAGACGAUGCCCGACUGCCGGCAGGAGCGGUAUCGCAACUGGUACCCCUUCACCUUCCUAAUGUCGAUGGUGUGGAUAUCGUUCUACUCCUAUUUUAUGGUGUGGAUGAUUACCGUGAUAGGCUCCACGCUUGCCAUUCCGGAUACCGUGAUGGGUUUGACGUUUGUGGCCGCUGGCGUGUCUGUCCCGGAUGCCCUAAGCUCAAUAGCCGUUAUCAAAGAGGGCUUUGGCGAUAUGGCCGUGUCGAACGCAAUUGGCUCGAAUGUCUUUGAUAUACUAGUGUGCUUAGGUCUUCCCUGGUUUAUACAGACGGCCAUCAUAAAGCCCGGCUCGCACGUUAACGUAAUAUCCAAGGGACUGGCUUACUCCACUCUGUCGCUCUUCUCCACGGUUAUCUUUUUGAUCCUGUCGACGCACUUAAACGGAUGGAAGCUGGACAAGCGACUGGGCAUCAUUCUCAUGGUCUGGUAUUUGUUCUUUAUCACGCUGGCGUCGCUUUACGAGUUGAAUGUCUUCGGCUACAUGAAUCCCCCCGAGUGCCCCAGCAACUACUAAGCUCCGGACGAUGACAGCAGUGGACCCACAUUUUCAUUACCAGCACCAAGUCUCGAAUACCAUAUUUACAUUUUCGUACAUGUAGAGUUGUUCAAAGCCGAAGCUAAAACAAACUGAAAACACUAAAAAACGCAGAGAAACGACUCAUUAGGAGUAAUAUUUACCUAACGUUAAUUAGAGGAAAAAUUUAAUACUCAAAACGCGUUUUACAUGGAUUUUUACAUUGCACCAAAGGAAUGAUAAACCAAAAGAGAAAUAUUUUAAAUGUAAAUUUAUACUAUAUUUAUUAAUACGCGUUGUAUGGACACAUAGGAAAAUAAUAACCAAAAAUGGUGUAAUUUCUUCUCAAUUGAAAAAUUUUUUUACAUCCUCGCAACUAUUUUAAAAUCGCAUUAAAAAAUGUUCGUGAACCUUAAAACAAAAAAAGGUCUUUGUGGGCUCAUUUUUUUUAAUUUCUACGGUGAUCAUUGUAAAACUUGCAUAAGAUGAUUGAAUGUUUUAUAUUGAAAUUCACGCGAAGUGUUUAAACAAUUAGAUAAAGAGGGCCACUAGCCAUAUAUAAUAUUGUUGAUUUUUAACGGCAUAAAUAAAUUGUUAAAAUUCCAGAACUCUUAAAAAAUUUCUCAAUUUAAAGGGAAUUACACAUGAAUAUGUAAGAAAGGAAAAGUAAUUGUAAAGCAAGUAGCAACUGUAGAUAGGGAGACAAAUGUAUUUUAUUAAAAACAUAGAACAAGCUAAAUUAGCUAUAUGCAGAUAAAGGUUUUAGUUAACAACACAAUAUGACCCACACAACAAUCAAAUAGUUAUGCGAAUUUAGUCGCGUUAUGCUUAUGUAUAUACUUUUGAACCAGAUCGCUUUCGUAUACGUUGAUUAAUGAUAAACUCUAAUUUUCGGAUUUUCAAAAGAUUGUGGAAAUUACUCACCUCCUGAUAUUAAACCAAGAGAACGAAUAUUCGGAGACAGACCGGGUAUGCAGAGCUAUGACCUGUGGAACAAGAACAACGAAUUUUAUUUAAAAUUUUAUUACGAAAUGUUUUUAUUAAAGAAAUUUAAACAAAUGUUAAUACAGUUUUAUAAUUUAACUUCAUUUGCAAUCGACUAUUUAACGAAACUACAUUAAACGUCCCAGCUGUUCGAAAUAUAAAUUAGCAGUAAAGUGCAAAGACUUUAAUUACGACGGCAAUUAAUCGUGUCAAUUUAUUAUUGUAAAUAAUAACCACAUAUAAAUAACAAUGGAACAUAUAUUAAACAGUUCAGGUAAAUUGCGCUGCAUUCUUUGUUCAAAACCAGACCUUUUCAUUGAGACCACCAUCAGUAGCACAACUUACCACGUUUUGCAGGUUUGUUGUUUCAAGAGUUCAUAGUCAUUCAACAGUACAACUCAAAACACACCAAGAGUAUAUUUUAAGUAUGUGUUAUUUGUCUAUUUUAAGACAAUUUAAAGCACGCGUUAUAUGAUGUUACCCGUUAGCAAUAUGUAAUUACUUUUCAUGCAACCAAACUUCAAAAUUUGGUCCACAAGAAUAAGUAUCCCGUUUAAAGACGUUGAAGCUGGUGGUGACUCGUGACUCAUGACUCUGAAACAGAAUCAGGCGUUUAGCUAAAAGCAAUGUCUGAGACAAAUAGAAUGUAUCCAGCAUAUGCACCCAGUUAUCCACAUCCAACAACCAAUAAUAGUCAUUUAGUAAGCACUGGUAUGUGGACAAGCUCAAAUCUUAGUUUAGUACUACAUAUAUAAACAAAUAUUAAUUCUACAUACAUAUUUAUACUGACCGUAUAUACAUUUACAUAUACAUAUAUAUGGAGGUAAAAUGAUAUUGUUUAAGGGCUUCAGAACCGAAUCAAUCACAGGGUAGGCACAGUCAGCUGUGUUUAAAACAACAAUAUACUUACCACCACCAGCAACCAAGAAAGGACAUCAGAGUCGACUUGCGAGCUUUACUAUGCAACUCAGAUCAAAAAUAUCUUUUCCCCUUUCUACUUUCAGCAAAUUGUUAUUUCUUUCUGUUGAUUAUAUUAUAUAAAGUUGGUAAUAGUAACAACAUAUAGAUAUAUAUAUAUUUCAGUAAUAAAAAAGCUUAUUAUUUAAUUGUUUUAAUAUAUAAUAGAGAAAAAAAUAACAGUUACAUUUUCAAAUUGGCGUUCUAGGUUAAUUAAAAAGUAUUGAAAAGGACCAUGUUCUAUGUUUAAUAAUAGAAAAAUAUUAAUUGUAUUAAAAAGUAUUAAAAGUGUCAGCAAGUCGGAUUGACUUCUUAAAAAUGUAUUAUCUUUUCUUAUAGCAAUUUACCACAGGAGCCUUAAUGGUUGAAGGAAAGUUACUAUGAAGUCUUGUAAUCCCAUACACACACACAAAAUCAACGUUACAAUCGUAUGAACAAUCCGCCAAUAAAAAAUGCUCACAGACUUCUCAGCCCAGCCCAAGUAAAAGGUUCUUCCUACUCUACAAAACUUGUCGAUCCAAAUCUUUAAACUGCCAUUAUCGGUUAUGUUUUGAAUACAGAAAAACAGUGAAAUUCGAUUUAAAUUAUUUUUAAUGUAAUACUUUUUGUCAGAAUUAAAUCAAAUAUAAUAUUCGUGUUAUCUUAAACUGAAUAUUUUGCAAAAGUGCGAAGAAAGUAUGCAAAAUUAUGCAAGCUACCAUGUUAAUUGCGGAGGAUCCAAGCUAUCUUAGGAUUCUGGGCAUAAGUAGACACUCAACUGAAGAAAUAUUUCCCAUAAAAAGUUAUACAAUGUACAAUAACUGUUACAUAACCUUAUACAUACUUACAACUAUAACAUGCUAUACCAAAAAUUACAAUAAAUGUUUACGUCUGACAUUUGUGUUACUUAGUCUUAAUUGUUUGCAAAAACUAUAUUGAAAACUGUUUAUAAAUAAACUUCGAGGAGAUAACUUAUACCUGUUGGUGGGGCUUAACUUAAAACACGAAAACUAUUGCUAAUAUACAAAACUGUUAUGUUUAGUUAAAUAUGAAUUUUGAAAAUAAAUGCAUAACUAAAAACAAAA